GAUACAAGCCAGGAUGCCACUGGCUUUCUUGGCCACCUGGGCACACUGCUAGCUCAUGUUCAGCCAUCUGUUCACUAAUAGCCUCAGAUCCCUUUUCUCCCUGCAGCUUUGCACUCUGCCCCAAGCCUGUAGCGUUGCCUGGGGUUAUUGUGACCCAAGUGAGGACCCAGGACUUGAUCUUGUUAAAGCUCGUACAGUUGGCCUCAGAUGAACUCUUCCUGCCAGCUUGGUGUCAUUUGUGAACAUACCGAAGGUGCACUCAGUCCCCUCAUCCAGAUCAUCAAUAAAGAAGUUAUACAGGACCACCCCAAUACUGACCCCUGGGGAAUACCACUAGUGACUGGCUGCCACACAACUGUGAGAGAUAAAUUUGUUUUCAAGCAUUAGUGUUAAGAUUUUCUUUCCAGUUUUUCAUAAGAACCUUUUUCUCUGUACUUUUUGUAAACCCCAGGUGAGAUGUUUUAGUAAUCUAGCGCCAUUUAUCUACAGAAUGAUGUAACAAUAAUAUAUUUGUGUUAUCUAGUGUCUUAGCAAUCCUUUUACAAGGUAACAUUAAGAUAUUUAGAAGGAUCUGAUGUGGAGAUUUUUUUUUUUUUUCCUGAAAAGGAAUGUAAAUUAUGUACAAAUUAAGCCCUGCCCAUUUUUGGCUCCCAGCCCAGCCACCAACUACAAAGAAACAGGAACAACAAAAGGACCUGAGCACACCUGAACAUCUCUGUUUGCCUGAGCACCUUGUGUUACUAAUUGUUCAGCAAGACAAGUCUCAUCGUCUUACUUGGACAGGAAGCACAGGGAGAACGCUGACAUCCAGGAUUCUACCAAGGCCGUGAUGCAAGAAGGGUCUACAGAGGAGCUUCACAGGGACCUCCUAUGUGAGAGCAAACUAACUGAGGACACCGGACCACUGGUUAGAAGCAGAAGGACAGUGGUGACAGGAGGUGGAGGCUACCUGGGAUACAAUCUGGGAUGUGCUCUUGUCAAGGCAGGAGUUGCUGUUGUUCUGUUUGACGUACAAAAACCUAAAUGGGAAAUUCCAAAUGGUGCAGAUUUUUUCAAGGGUGAUGUGAGGGAUUAUGAAGCAGUGCUCAAAGCAUGUGAAGGGGCUGACUGUGUUUUUCAUGUGGCUGCUUGUGGAAUGUCAGGAUUAGAACAACUUCAAAAGAAAGAGCAGAUUGAAUCCAUAAAUGUUGGUGGCACUGAAGUCAUAAUUGAUGUCUGCAAACAAAGAAAUAUCCCCAGACUGAUCUAUACCAGUACAGUGAACGUGGUAUUUGGAGGGAACCCUAUUGAAGAAGGAGAUGAAGAAACUGUGCCGUAUUUUCCGCUGGAAAAGCAUUUUAAUCAUUACUCUAGAACGAAGGCAAUUGCAGACCAAAUGGUUCUUGCUGCUAAUGGGACUUUGCUAAAAGGAGGCGCCAAGCUCCGCACCUGCGUGCUCCGUCCGCCAGGCAUUUAUGGGCCCGGGGAGCAGCGCCACCUGCCGCGGGUAGCGGUAAAUAUCCAACGGAGACUGUUUAACUUCAAGUUUGGGAAUCACAAAGUUCUGAUGAACUGGGUUCACGUAGGAAACCUGGUACAAGCUCACUUACUAGCUGCUGAGGCUCUCACCUCUGAGAAGGAUUAUGUAGCUAGUGGACAGGCAUAUUACAUACAUGAUGGUGAAAACGUCGUAUUUUCUGAAUGGAUAGUUCCAUUAUUUGAAAAAUUAGGAUACAGUAAACCCUGGAUACAUAUUCCUGUUCUCCUGGUUCAUAUAUCAGCCGCUGUGAUGGAAUAUCUGCAUCUGGCAUUAAAGCCAUUUUUCAGCUUCACACCUUUCUUGACAAGGAAUGAGGUCUGGAACGUUACUGUAACUCACACUUUCCGAAUAGACAAGGCACGAAAUCAGCUUGGUUACAAACCAAAGAAAUUCUCAUUUGCAGAUUCGGUGGAUCAUUAUCUUAAAACAAGACCUGUUUGCCAGGAAGGUCACACGUUCCUUAAAAAGCUCUUUGUGUUUGGUCUUUUGUUAAGUUUGAUCAUUCUUUCCUUCUUCUAACAUCAAACAGCUAUUCACCUGUUCCUGAAAAACUAGUUUUGUUUCUGGGGAUGAAUGACCUGGUCGUUCUGUAUUCCUCAGUCAGUACGAAAUUUAUUGUUCUUAUUCAUUAUUCUUAUCAUGAUGACUUCUCCCUGAUCUUACCAAAAAUAAAAAAGUGAAAACACAAAGCACACCAGGAAAUGUUCCCAAAGGACAAUGCAGUGACACAGAACCAAAGGAACUCACCACUGAUGGGUGAAGGAGGAGUUUGAAUGCAUCUUCACUACUGGAUUACUUCAUACUGAGAAUGAUUUUCUAAAAACAAUCAUCCAGAAGGGCGAGGAUUUGGAAGAGGAGGAGCCGCCAUAGAAGUGCAGUGCUGUAACAAGACCUGUGGCUCCAAUGAAGAGAAGACUGUCUCAACAAUUCCUCUGAUGAAGCUGCUGCUACAGCUACAGCAUGUUAGUGCCAGGAAUUACGAAGACCUGGGAAAUAUUACAGAAAUAAGUGAAAAUUUAUAAAUGACAGGUGCUGAGAGGACAAAAGUCGUAUUUAUGUGAAACAGUCCUGUUGUUCAAAAGCAGUGUAAAAGCUGUAAUAAAAUGUAUAUAUAAAAUAAUUUUUAGAUGCAAUAAUAAAUCUCAACUGAACCAAAUAUUGGUUUUAAGGAGUCUGUAGAAAGGGAGGGGAAUGGCACGUAACUGGAAUAUAGCAAGGAGCUACUGUUGUCUCUCUGCUUAAAGUGCAGCCAGGUCACGCUGUCUUACUGCUGUCCCUGUGCUGGGAUGCUGCUCAUUCAGUGAACUGCCAUUGUGGUGUCAGCAGGCAGACCAAGAACUCAGCCCUGAGUUUGGGUCCAACCUCUGCCUUUCUCCUUAAGAUUUCCUUAAGAUCCUUAAGAUCUCCUUAAGAUUAAGAGUCGCUUCCAGGCUGGACUGUGCUACAUAAGGUCCAUGUGUUCUACAUGUAUACAUAUAAUGUGUUUCCCAGAUGAAUUUUCAUGAGGUUACUCUGGAUCAGGAGAGGUGCCCUUGCCAGGGUGAGUCACAGAGGGGAGUGAUGGAAAAGCUCUGCCGCCUGAUUAUCUGCACUCUGUAUUUAUCUUGCCUUUGCAUUAGCAUUCUGUAGGAGUUUUAAGACUGAUAAGUUCAUGGAAACUCUCUCAUUGUAUCUUUAAAUCUGCAGGGUACGCAGGAGUGCUAACAGCAUCCCUACCAUAAACUGUUCCUAUCUUGAAUAAUACCCAGUGACAGGAAAACAUGAGCAACUACAAGUUAACUCUGCAAUGCAUGUAAGCAAAGAUGUGUUUUACCUUAUUUGUUUGU